UCAAACUUCAUUGAGUAGAAGCCUACGUGGAUUCCAUUUCAUCGUCAUCCUCCAAAUACUCUCAGCACCCGGACUCCGUCGCUUCAAUACCGUUUCUUUGCUGCUAAGUUUCAUCUUCAAAUCAAUUUCCCAGUACAAAAUAAGCGUAAAAUCCCAUUCAACUUCAAGAUUACUAUUCAAGCAUGAAGGCUCGAUUGGUUGUGUUUCCUAUUAAAGGAAGGAACUGGUGUUUUAGCAGUUCCAUUGAUUCUGGGACUGUAGCCUCUCAAUCUUCCAACACUCCUUCCACGUUCAAAGACCUCUGGAAAGCAAUUUUUUCUUCUCCAUACAAAACAAAUAACGCUUCUGAUGGCUCCAAAGUUGAACUUGUUGUGGAUUUUGCUGCGAACAAGAUGAAUAGAGCUUGGACUAAUCUGGAGAAAGCGCCUCAAGGGACUUUGAAGAACAAGGUUCAUAGGGUUGGAUUGAAGCUGUUGUCACGUGUGAAGCCGACGGAGAUUUUAUUCAAAUCCAUUCCAAAGGAGCUUAAAUGUGUAGAGAUCACAUAUCCAUCGAGUUUGAAUCCACGACUUGUCCGCCGAAGAUUACGGCAUAUAGCCUUCAGGGGCUCAGUUAUUCACAAGCAGUACUUCUAUAGAUCAGCGAUAUUGCUGCCACUGACAUCAGUUUUUAUGGUUCUUCCCUUGCCUAACAUCCCAUUCUUUUGGAUCUUAUUCCGUACUUAUUCGCACUGGAGAGCUGCUAAGGGAAGUGAGAAGCUUCUUAAUGUAGUCACCGAUGAUUCCUCUUGUCCGAAUCAGCAUCUUGAGAUGAAGAAGGGUGAGAGUACAACAUCAAACUCUAAUAAAGGAAGUGAUGAAUCCGUUGGUCCUUCAUGGGUUUUCGACCCGUCCAAGGAACUUGACGAGGUUAUUCACCAUGAUGAUUCCAAUGGUCUUAGUAAAUGUAGUAUAAAGAAAAUCUGCGAGAAAUUCAAUUUGAAUACAAUGAAUGUGAUAAAGUACCUAGAUUCCAUGUAAUUUCUAUGAACGUCAAUUUUCAUUCUGUUGACAGAUUCGGUAAUUUUUCCAGAAAUUUUGCCAGUUGAUCUAAUCUUCCUUGUAGAAACUGAACGUAAUAUGUAGAGCACUUGUGCGAUUAGAUCUACAUAGUUUCAAAUCACAUAGAAGUUGCGUGUAAUUUUAAUGCAA